AUGGCGAAUUCCAGUCGCUUCAUUAACGAUCAAGUUUGUGAACUUCGAGAAGCCAAUCAUAGUCCGAUCUAUGGUUAUCAACAUUUACCAAUCCCUACACUCGAAGAGUCUAUCGUAAAACUUCUUCCAAUGCUUCCUGGUCUACAAUAUUAUGUCACACAAGCAAGAGAAAAUUGUACAAAGACGGCAACUACUUUAACACUAGAUGAAUCGGCAGCUAUUUAUCUUUACACAAUGCCAAUACCAUUCUUUUCGAAGUUAAACGAUGAUUUACGAGCUGAGAAUCGAAACGCGUUAAAGCCCUGGUUUCCCUAUCUAAAAUUAUUCAUAACAGCAUUAGAGAAACUAUCAUCGCUUGAAAUCACAAUUUGGAGAGGUGUCAGUGGAGAUGUUAGUUCAUCGUUUACAAAUAAAGGAGAAGAAAUUUGGUGGAGUGUCAAUUCCUGCUCGAAAAACCCCGACAUCGUCGGUAGGUACAUAGGUCCAACCGGUACUGUGUUUGCUAUAAAUGCUCUUCAAGGAAAAGAUAUUUCUGAAUAUUCAGCAAUUAAAGAUGAAGAAGAAGUUGUUCUUAUGCCUGGCACUCGUUUGAUAGUUCGCUAUCAACCAAUGAAUUUCGAAGAUCGUCUCCUAAUUAUUCAUUUAUAUGAAGAGCCAAAAUUCAAAUUAACGAAAGAAAAUCAACGAAAAAUUGCGUUCGUUAUUGGAAAUGAUAAUUAUCAAAGCAAUCGUUUGGCAACUAGUGUCAAUGAUGCGAAAGAUUUAAGUCAAACGUUAGAAAUGCUUGGAUUUCUCGUUAUAACAAAAUUUGAUGUGACCUACGAAAUAAUGGAUAAAGAAAUACAAAAUUUUAUCAAAUUGAUUCAAACCAAUGAUAUUGUUCUAUUUUUCUUUUCCGGACACGGUUCACAAUGGAAAAAUGAAAACUAUUUGAUUCCAUGUGAUACUAAUGAUCAACUAGACUUCAAAUGUCGAGCAAUCAAUGCACAAAAUGUUCUGGAACAGAUGGUUUUGAAAAAUCCAUUAGCAGUUAUUUAUUUACUUGAUUGUUCAAGAGAAUAUUAUGUACAAGGAAUGACACAUAUGAUAGCAUUGCCGGGUUCAAUUGUUGUUUCUGCUUGUGCGCCUAAAGAUCGACGAAUAAACGGACGAAAUGGAACAUUUACUUACCAUUUAUUACGAAAUAUAACAAAACCUGGAGAAGGUAUUCUGUUGAUGCUAACUGGCGUUGCAGAUGCAGUUGCAAAUGAAACGAAUAAUAUGCAAGUACCGUGUAUAACAAGUGCCUUGAAAAGAAACGAUAUUUAUUUCAUAGCACCGAAUUCGAAACAGUCGAUCAGCUCAUCGUUAGGUCUCAGUCCAUUCGUGAGAGCAGGAAAACGAUUUGGUGGCACAGGUGGUCACAGUUUUGAUGACUUUACAGAGAAUAAAUUGACAUAUUCACAUUAUCUUCGUGGAAUGAUGACCGGGUGUAAAGAUGAUCCAUUAGAUUGGUGUCAAUUUUGUUAUUCGUCUUUAAAUGAUGAUUGUCAGAUGCUUAUUCAAGCAGGACUGCAAGGAACGACUGAAAGAAGUAAUACUAUCGAACAAUUUAUCAUUAACGAAGAUGAAAGAAUCAAUAAAGUUCAAGUUGUCGUGAAUUGCGUCGAGCUUUUAGUUAAUGGUGCUAGAAAGUUAGUUCCACUAGUUAGAGGAAUUCGAUUAUUUACGAAAAAUGGACAUACGAGUCAGUCAAUUGAUCACCUGGAAAGAGAUUUAUAUACAGAAGAGUUUGAAGGUUAUUUUGUUGGAUAUGUUACUGGAAGAUCUGGUUUGCUGAUUGAUCAAUUACAAUUUCAUUGGUUUCGCAAUGAUCAGCUUAAAGGUUAA